AUGCGAUUUAACGAUGGAAAAGCUUCUUUCUUGCGAUCGGUCUCACCAGAAGUUCGUCGUCAAUUCGAGGAUGUAUGGAAUGAUGAGAAUAUUCCUAGUGAAUCGCUCAGAAUGCUCAAGAUACAGAUGCUGGCAGUUUCAUUACUGACUGCUAAGCAACUCGAAGAGUAUAACCGAUGGGCGACCAAGAGGCGUUACGUGUUGAAAGCUCGCGAACGAGAGUUGAGUCGUCUAAGUCCGGAUGCAAAGCGACUCCUUAAACGAAUGAGCAGUCGACGUACGGCAUUUCUAAUAGAUUGUUCGGAAAGUCACUUUUAG